AUGUCAGAUAUGCAAGGGUCACCACCUCGACAAUACCCCCCAGUGGACCACGACACAAUUCCUGACUUCAACGAUGCUGACGAUGGUCACAACGAGCCCGAAUAUGUUCACAACGAGCCCGAACUUGUUGACAAUGAGCCCCUCGAACACCAUCCCCACAGCCAACUCCCCUCUACUAUACACCGCUUCGCUGAAUUCUCCCGCAGCCGCCCAACAGAAGAGCACACGCCUCGUAACAACUCCCCAUGGGAGCCUUUCCGCACGCGGCUCGAUUUUGAAGUAGCGGAGAUCGCACUCGAAGCCGCGAUGACGAAGGACCAAACAAAUCGCCUUCUCGAUCUUUUUCAUCGGUCUGCUAGCGGCAAUGAUUCAUUCACGCUGCACAAUCAUGACGAAGUUCGCUCUCUCUGGGACCUCGCUUCGCAACGUUAUACCAGAUUCCAGCAUGAUACACUAUCUGUUCCCUUCAAAAAGGAGGUGUACGAAUUCGAUAUGCACUACCGCCCACUCUUCGAGUGGGCGCUUGACUUAUUGCGAGACCAAUGUCUCACGCCUCACUUUGUCUUCGAUGCGCAACGUCUCUCGAAGUUCAACGGAGAACAGUUUGUACGUUUCAUUGAUGAGCCGUGGACCGUGGAUGCAUUUUGGAAUGCGCAAUCACAGCUUCCCCCUGAUGCCAAACCAUUGGCGUUUAUUCUCUACGCAGACAAGAGCAAACUGUCGUCAUUUGGGAGCCAAAAAGGCUACCCGAUUAUCGCCCGCAUUGCCAACUUGCCGGUUCAUAUUCGUAAUGGUAAUACUGCGUUAGGAGGUGGUCGUGUCAUGGGGUGGCUGCCGCUUGUUGUCGAGGAUCAGAAGCACACGAAAAAGAAGAAGUACGUGGACUUUAAAAAUGCUGUCUGGCACACGUCUUUCUACCAGCUUCUGGCCUCGGUCGAGAAGCACUCGAAAACGGGCUAUUGGUUUGAGUGUGCGGACGGAAUCCAAUGUUUUCUCUGGCCUUUGAUCUUAAUUUUGAGUGCUGAUUAUGAGGAACAAUGUAUCAUGGCAUUGAUCCGUGGACUUAAGGGGAAGUUCCCAUGUCCAGUUUGUUUAGUUCCGCAGGACGAGCAAUCCGUUCUCCAUACCCACGAGUUGCGCACAUGCCACCAAUCCAAAGAUGUCCUUCGUCUCGCAAGAUCAAUGCCCUCCGAGAAGGAUAAGGAGGAUCAUUUGAAGGCUUUCUCGCUCCGAGAUGUUGAUAAUGUCUUCUCGAAAAUUCCUCACACUGAUGUUCAUUGUGUGCUAUCGGUGGACCGCUUGCAUACAAACGAGGAAGGAUUAUGGGGUGACCACCUGUGGAAGGAAGUUAAGUUUUGGAUUUCGGACCUUGGGCGGGAAGCAGCUGUCAAACUCGAUAAAAAGUAUGAAUACAUUACCCAAUUGCAACCCGAAACCUUUAAAAAUUGGAACUUUCCCAAGAAGCACUUGAUCUCGCACAUAUUCAAUGAUAUUUUGGCUAAAGGCGUGACACGCAACUAUAAUACAAAGCCAAACGAAAAAAUGCACAGUGCUUUGCGAAAAAUCUACCUUCAGCGCACUAAUUUUAAGAAUGUUGCUUCUCAGAUCCUGCACUACGACGAAUGGCUUCUGACCUCGACAACUAUGCGCACCGAACUCGAAGAACUCGACGAGUACAAUCAACGAGACGCUUGUGACCCCGAGACCAAUGAAGAACUCGACGAAAGUACUACUCAUGCGCAUUCAAGUUUAGGAUCGAAGCAAGGCAAUCACUCUUUUUCGGAUAUCACACGUAUGUACGGAACUGAUAGAGCCUUCACCGACUUUCGGAUGAAGCUGAACGGCUUCCUGAACGGCUUUCUACCACAUAAUCAUAUUCCGUUACCAAACGAAAGACGCAUUCACCUGCGCGCAGAGGACAUGAUAAUGGAGUUUCGGUUCUUGCGGGUUAACUACGAAUCGAUAGUUGACUGGCGCGUGCACCGAGACUUACUUCGGUGUAAUCCGAAGUUCUAUGGAUCACCUAGGUAUGACUGCGUCAUGGUUAAAACUGCGGACAAGCCGUUUUUUGCUCGCCUCGUAUACGUGUUCACCUGCUUGAUUGGUGGCACCGAUUUCCCCCUUGCCCUUAUUCAUCCUUAUGAUGUCAAUAUUGCCGAUACUCGUCGAAGGCGAGAUGACAACAUUGGACUAUGGCGUGUGCGAGCCAAACCUCGCUCAUCCUCCGAGAUAAUUUCUGUCCGGUCAAUCAUUCGGGGAGCUGCUCUCGCCAACGAUCCUGAAACGGCUGGGGAUUAUUUUGUCAUCCACACUGUGGACACUGACAUAUUCCUUAGAGUUAAGGCUCUCCAGGUGCAAUGA